AUGUCUGACACUGGCCGCCAGGACCUCCACGACAAGCUCGGUGCCGCUGUCAAGCCCGACUCGCAGAAGUCGUACCUCGAGCAGGCCGGCGACUCGAUCAAGUCUGCCGUAGACGGCGUCGCCUCGGCCGUCCAGCCCCAGCAGGAGAAGUCGACCACCCAGAAGAUCGGCGACGCCGUCUCGGGUAACUCGACCAACCGCAACAUCUAA